CGGCUCCCGGAGCCCCACGCCUUCGUGAUCAAUCAAACACGGCACGCGGAGUAGUCGGUUUGAAGCGCCACGCCCACCCAAAAGAAAAACCAAAAGAAAGAUGGCCGGAUGAAUCCGCACGCGCACCUCCAUGGUCGGUUCCCUCCUUCCCAGAAGCUGAAUUCUGCCCACUGAUCCACCAGUGGGAAAGUCCUUGCUCUGGUCCUCCUCCCCACGUCAGAAACCUCAGCUUCCCCAGAAGACAGAACAAGGAAGAAAAAGAAACAGGGGCAAUCCCUGAACCUCGCGAGCGAAAAAGGAAUCAAAGGAACUUUCUUUGUUCCCGGGUCUCCCUCGUUCCUACUCUUCUUGCCGGGAAUUCGGUCUCUACCUCGAAAGAUUCCUUUUUGGCGUUCUGGGGUUGUUUUUCCCCUUGGGAGCUGCACAAGUAAUCGGGGGGUGUCGCCAUGAGGUAAUUUGCUUCUCUCGCCAGUUGUGGUUGGUUCCAUGCGAACGAUCCGUUCGUGCUUGUUGUGGGAGUGUGAGAUGUUGCCCGUUGCUUUAUCUUUCCGGCAUACUUGGAUUAUUUGAUCUUAGAUGGGGGCAUUGAUGGCUAAUCCAAAUUCAUUGAACUCGCUGGUCUCGUUCGGUUCGUUGGAACAAAGGGGAACAGAUAUGGCAGAUGCUAACUCGGCGCUACAACCUCCUCUGGGUCGCCAAAACCGGAGUAGCUCUGACGGUCCAGUAGCUAUCCUUUGGGACAUCGAGAAUUGCCGUGUUCCUAGUGAUGUCCGUCCCGAAGAUGUAGCUGGUAAUAUCAGAAUGGCUUUGCGUGUGCAUCCCAUAAUUAAUGGAGCUGUCAUGACGUUCUCUGCCUAUGGAGAUUUCAAUGCUUUCCCAAGGCGUCUAAGAGAAGGAUGCCAAAGAACCGGCGUAAAACUCGUCGAUGUUCCAAAUGGGAGGAAAGAUGCUGCUGAUAAGGCUAUCUUGGUUGACAUGUUCCUGUUUGCGCUAGACAAUCCUCCACCAUCAUCUAUAAUGCUCAUCUCUGGAGAUGUUGAUUUUGCCCCUGCUCUCCACAUACUCGGGCAACGUGGAUACACCAUAAUCCUUGUUAUUCCUUCUAAUGUAGGUGUUUCCUCUGCUCUCAGUAAUGCUGGUAAGUUUGUGUGGGACUGGCCUAGUGUAGCACGUGGAGAAGGGUUUGUUCCCCCGGCUAAGGCUAUAACAGUCCCACGUGGAGGACAUUGUGACAUCGCAGGCUACUUCAUGGGGUGUCACGUCACCGAAAACCAGGACUGUACUAAUGAGGAGGAAGCAAUUGUGUACAGGGGGAUUUCACAGAGCUACUGCAACUCAAGAGACUAUUCAUUAAUAUCGCAGUCCUUAUCCGAGUACAACAGCACAACUAUUGCAACGCCUUGUUUUGCCUCAUCAUCAAGAUCUCAUAGUCUUCCAACUGGUUUGAAUGAAGUUUCGGCUGGAGGACCGAUUUCUUUAGCUGAUCAAAAUGAUUCAACAUUGUGGGUACAGCCUGGGGAUCUGAACGGACUAAAAGGGCAGCUUGUAAAGUUGCUAGAACUUUCCGGAGGAUGUUUGCCUCUGACCCGUGUGCCUGCGGAGUAUCAAAAGGCUUUUGGUAGGCCUCUCUAUGUCUCAGAAUAUGGUGUAUUUAAGCUUGUGAAUCUUUUCAAGAAGAUGAAUGACGCAAUGUCCGUGGAGGGAAAAGGCCAAAAGAAGUUUGUCUAUCUCCGCAACUGGAAGGUGGGACCCAGUGCACCUGCUUUGGUCUUGACAAAGAAAGAUAAGAAAGGAAAAGGGCCUCAGGAAGAGACCGACGCCGUUGCGGGUGUCGGCUCUUCGGAUGAGUUAUCAGAUGAAGAGCAACUGGAAUGUGAAGAAAGGAGCGUCCAAGGGAAGACUGGCGACAGAAGCGGUUCUCCAUGUGACCUCAUUGCUCGAAAUCUCGAGCAGUUCAAGCAUGAGCUCCAAGAGAUUCUUGUCAGCUAUUCAUGUCGCAUUUUCUUGGGUUGUUUUGAGGCAAUAUACGAACAACGUUAUAAGAGACCACUCGAUUACCAAAAGUUUGGUGUGGAUGGGCUGGAGGAGCUCUUCAAGAAGUUGGGGGAUGUGGUGACCUUGCAUGAAGAUACUCUAAGCAAGAGGAAAUUCCUAGCUGCCGCUGGUUGCUAGAAGAACAAGAUACCCGUCAAAACUCUUGUAAACUACAUUAGUCUUAAGUUUAACUGAAGCAUGCUUACGAUCCUGAAAUGUCCUCAUUUCAUUUUCUUUCUUCCUGUUUUUUGGUCCUUGGGUCAUCCGAAAGCUGCAUAAAGGACGACAAGAGCUUGGACCACACCUGUUUUUUCUUUUCAACGUGCGUCCCCCGCAUGGAUCGAAGUUUGCAUUUUAGAACCGCCAUGCGAAAGCUCUACCGUGUUGUCUCUGUGACUAAUAAUUUGCUAAUGAAGGUUGCGUUUUUCAUU